AAUCUAUAAUUUUCUGGCAGUCAUGCAUAAGAUCUCAAUCUGACCAUCCAUUUUUCCAUAGUCACCGACAAAGUCUAUACCAGAUGUUAUCAUGCAAGAUCCGGAACACAUCCAGCAUAUUGUAUCACAUCAUAAACGAAAACAGCAAGAGGGAAAAGCUCGUUUACGGAUAUUGAAAGAAGCACAUGCCUUGGAUUUCAUCACGAACGGGAAAGAUCAAGAUGCACGUAAAACCGACAUUGGACGUUGGCGUAUACGACAGUUACGACGUAAACUUAAGCGCACGGUGGUUCGACGCAAACCCAUUAUUUCAUCGUCAUGGCGAGUAGACACACUAAAUCGCACCCAAUAGCAUCGAAUUGAUGUGUGAGGUGAAAAUUGACAUUCAGAGACACAUCAGCAUCUGACACAUUU